AUGGACCUGACUGCUCGAGAUCUGGUCUACUCUCCUAUUCCUGGACUCAAAGUCGGAGAGUCCAAGACUACAUCGAGCUCUACACAUGCAUUAGAAUUUAAAUCACAUCUUGUGCACUGGACGGGGUUUCAGAAUGAAGUCAGAGAAGCAUCUAAUGGCAUCGACUGGAACCGCUUUCCUGCUGUCCUAGCAUCUUCCCCCAACCGAGAUGUCGUUCCAUCCCAUACUUGUUUCGAACAAUGGCGCUGCGGAGAUGAGAUCAGUGUGACCGGUCGCUUCGGGCAGAAUGUCGACCAUGUCAUGAGAUCUGUCUUUCAUACUUUGGGAAUUCCUGUAUGGGUUGGAGACUACAAAAUAUGUCGCCGCGGCUCAAUGCCUGGGAAAUACCCGAUAUUGCGAUGGUUGAUGAUCACGAUCUCUUACGAGUCGUGGGAGAGGUGGAAACUCCUUGAAUGCAUGACCUGA